AUGAAAGUUCAAGUUUUUUCGCAGAUCCAUGGCUGGAUACUUCUGCUAUUUGUCCCCUUUCUGGCUGUCAGUUUGGGACCAUGUGUGGCUGGCAGCCCACGGAGCUGGACCUCGAAUGCCCGGCAGGACCCGAAAACCCCGUGGGGCAAUCAGUUGCCGGAUAUGCUAGUCGCUUACUAUCGCCACCACGGCGUUCACAGUCUGAUGCUGGUCGUUUGUCACACGGACAUUGCGGAUCCGAAUCUUCAGACUCUAUGGCAGCACUUGAAUCUCAAUGGUUUCUAUGUGCAGGUCCAUACGGACGCCUCCUUGAGGGAUCUGCAACAUUCCGAUGUCCUUGACGAUUUCGUAGAUGCACCACCACCAAAGAGUUUCCAUGCCAACAACUCCACCCACUGGGCCACGUCCUUUCUGCUGCCCAUGUUACCGUAUAAAUUGGGAAUCCUUCUGCUGGAAUUUCAGAGCGAAUGUGCCUUGAAUCUCCUUCGCUGGUCGGCGGCCACAGAGCAUAAUUACUUUACCACAAAUCGUUUCUGGUUGCUCCUCACGGAAAGUCCCGAAGAUAUUGAAUUACUGGAGGAUCCUGAAAUAUUUAUUCCACCUGAUAGUGAGCUGAGGGUCCUUCAUUACGAGAACGACGAGAACUUCACUUCGAGCUUAAUAGACUUGUACAAAGUGGCGGCCUGGAAGCCUCUGAAGAGAACCUUGAUUGGACACAACAUUCGGAAUCGGAGACACAUCCUUCACGCCUUGCAGCAUUUUGGGUCGGCUAUUUCGUACAGGCAGAAUCUGGAGGGGAUCGUCUUCAACUCGGCCAUAGUCAUUGCCUUUCCGGAUUUGUUCACCAACAUUGAGGACUUGUCCCUGAGGCAUAUAGAUACCAUAUCUAAGGUUAAUCACAGACUGACGUUGGAACUGGCCAAUCGAUUGAACAUUACUUACAAUACAUACCAAACCGUCAACUAUGGAUGGCGUCAACCCAAUGGAUCCUUUGACGGGCUAAUGGGUCGCUUUCAGCGCUACGAGUUGGACUUUGCCCAGCUGGCGAUCUUCAUGAGGUUGGAUCGCAUUGCUUUGGUGGACUUUGUGGCCGAAACUUAUAGGGUGAGGGCGGGGAUUAUGUUCCGACAGCCCCCACUCUCGGCUGUGGCCAAUAUAUUCGCCAUGCCCUUCGAAAACGAUGUGUGGAUCUCCAUACUCAUGCUUCUCAUCAUAACCACCUUAGUUUUGGUAGUGGAACUGAUCUUCUCGCCACACACCCAUGACAUGGCCUACAUGGACACCCUCAACUUUGUCUGGGGUGCCAUGUGCCAGCAAGGAUUCUACGUAGAAGUGAGAAAUCGAUCAGCAAGGAUAAUUGUGUUCACCACCUUCGUGGCAGCCCUUUUCCUGUUCACCUCGUUCUCGGCCAACAUCGUGGCUCUUCUGCAGAGCCCCUCAGAUGCCAUACGAUCUCUAGCUGAUUUGGGACAAUCUCCUCUCGAAAUUGGAGUCCAGGACACACAAUACAACAAGAUAUAUUUUACAGAAUCCACUGAUCCUGUUACCAAGAGCCUGUACAACAAAAAGAUUGCUUCCAAGGGCGACAACGUCUAUAUGCGUCCGAUCUUGGGAAUGGAAAGGAUGCGCACCAGCUUAUUUGCCUAUCAAGUGGAGCUCCAGGCUGGCUACCAAAUUGUUAGCGAUACCUUUAGUGAGCCGGAGAAGUGUGGCCUGAUGGAACUGGAGCCUUUCCAGCUGCCCAUGCUGGCGCUGCCCACCAGGAAGAACUUUCCCUACAAGGAACUCAUUCGACGACAAAUACGCUGGCAGCGAGAAGUAAGCUUGGUGAAUCGCGAAGAACGCAAAUGGAUUCCCCAAAAGCCCAAAUGCGAAGGCGGCGUUGGCGGCUUUGUCUCCAUUGGCCUCACCGAAUGUCGCUAUGCCUUGGGCAUUUUUGGUUGCGGAGCUGCUGCCAGUUUCGGCUUCUUUCUUCUGGAGUUCAUCGUCAAACACUUCAAGCAAUUUUAUCGUAUUUAUAAAGGAUAUCGGGACUUGCAGCGCUAG